UCAUCGUCAUUGUCACCAUCAUCGUCAUUGUUGUCAUCAUCAUCGUCAUCGUCAUCAUCGAUGUCAUCAUUGUUGUUGUCAUCAUUGUUGUCAUCGUCAUCAUCAGAGAGCGGGAGGGAGGGAGAGAGAGAUAGGAUGACGGAGAGAGAAAGGGAGAGA